CGGACUCCAAUUGAAUCGCGCGCGGCCAUUCUUGAUUCAAGAUUGCAUGCACGGACGACGAUCGACGAAUCAAGAGCUGCGCCAAAGUGAUUCUCAAGAAUGGACGCCCGACACGCACUCACAACGCCUUUAUCGAUUCUCCAUUCUCCAUUCUCGAUUCUCGAUUGAUUCACAGUUGUAGGUGCGGAUCUCUGUAUGUGAUAUAUUACACAUCGAUCAGUCCUGCGCCGACAGCAAGGCCCGCGCUCUUCACUUGACUGCAGCGGCGCAUUGCCGCUGUACCUAAAAGGCGCAAGACUUUGUCCCCCCACCAGCAGCCAGCCAGGAGAAUCGCGUAUUGGUGUCACGCACGCCUCCGCUAUAGCAACCCACGCGCGCGCUUCGCUGGACCACCAUCCAUCCACACCGACGCAGAUCCUCUUGCGAGUGAAGCAGAGCGAGCGAUGGCCGACCCGACGCGUCACAUCGGUCUGCCGUUCAGCGUGCCCUCUGUCGAUACAACCGUGUCCGACAGGCGCGGGUCCACUUCCACUGCAUCAUCUCAAGACGAUUCCAAUCCCCUGUCCAGUCGCACUCGCACCGCCACCGCUGCGACCAAGAUGAGGGGCGAUGAUGCGCAGCGUCGAGAUCAAGAGGCAGGAUCGGAUGACGAUGCGACCCUGCACAGCAUGAGCAUGCACAGCUAUCCUCCUCUGCCUCAGCACACCGGCAGCGUGCGAGGAGAAAGGUACAAGGAUGAUGAUGAUGAGGAGGAGGAGGGUGAAGGUGAGGCAGAGGAGGGAAGAGGAUUGCUGCGAGGUGAAGAUGUGGACGUGGAGCGACAGUCGGGCGCCGCACAUCGAUCCGCUUUAGCUGGAGCGACAAAAAAGAUACCUGCCAUAUCGGGCGCUCAGACGACUCGACGCAAGGGUCUAAUGCUCAUUUGCUUGGUCUUGGUUGCCUUGCUAGCUGCCAUCCCCAUCCUCACCUGGCUCUCCGGCGGCUCCUUGAGUCGCAUCGUCGUGCUCAUCAAGCCAGACGAGGCGUGGACGCUGCCCUUGUACGCGCAUCCCAAGUCCGCCCACUUUAAGCUCGCCAAAUUCAGCGCUUCGAGCAACGAUGCAGCUGGAUCAUUUGGGCUCGCGCAUGCGGAUCACUUCGACUUUGACUAUGCCGUGCCCGGAUGGAAGGAUGCGGAAGCUGCAGCCAGAUUCAACGACGUCAGCCUACCGGCCGGAGAGACGGGCAAGAAGCUUCCUAGCAUGGAAGAGCUUUUCAAUGGCACCUUUUCCCACGAGCUUGGUGAUCUCAAAUGGUCCAAGGAGGGUGAGUGGAC